CGAAGAUCAAAUGCGAUUCGAAGAUAAGAUAUACCCUUCUUCCUAAACCUCGAUAGAACGUCACUUAUCAGUAAAAAUCUGUAUUAAUUUAUGUCAGAAAUAUCGAGCCAAGACAUCGUCGUUACGAUCGUUUUACUCGUUCUCAGUGGUGUUCUGUACUUCAGUUUACUUUUUUAAAAGAAAUUGUUACAUAGAGCAUAUAGUGAUUUCAUCUAAAUACCAAUACCCAACUGUCGAAUGGAUCAUCAUGUCCGAAGAUAUUACGAACAUCAGAAAGAACAUAAGAGAGAUUGUACGACGAGCCAAUGCAAUGGAACCUAAAGCCAACAAAGAUGAUCAAUUGAAAGAGUAUCAUGAGCAUAGAAGGAAAUUCCUCACGAAUCGAAAUAAAUUCGAGCAAGCUGAACACAUCGAAGUAAAGGAGAAAAAACCAUUUAUUCCUGAUUGGGUAAAAUCUGAACAGAAUCAACCAGUAUCGAUUAUUUAUAAGCUUAAAGGAUCCGAGGUGACGGAUAUAAGAACAGAUUUAACGCAAGACAAGGAAACUUUUGGCCUCAGUCGUCGAAGUAUUAACAGGUCUUUAUGAAAAAAACCAAGUAGAAGAAAGUAACACUCAGAUCCAGAAUACUGUUGAUGAUCAUCAUCAUGGUAUAUCUGCAACCGGAAAUCAACGACAGCC